AUUGUAGUGCAAACACAGGAAGGAGGGAAAGAAGAUAGGUUGUCUCCUUAUGCUACCUAUGUCGUUGAACCUCCAAAACAUGAGGGUACGAUAUACAAGCAGAAACUGUGGAAUCCUCCGACUGAGGAAAAAUAUGUCUUCAAACACCCCAAAGUGCCCCGACCGAAGAGCCUGCGCAUAUACGAGUCCCACGUCGGCAUCGCCACCUCCGAACUCAAAGUCGGCAGCUACGACAACUUCACUGACAACAUCCUACCUCGAAUCGUCAAGCAGGGCUACAACUGCAUUCAGCUCAUGGCCGUCAUGGAGCACGCCUACUACGCCAGCUUCGGAUACCAAGUUACCAGCUUCUACGCGGCAUCGAGUCGUUACGGCACCCCCGAACAACUGAAACGUCUGGUCGACAGAGCUCACGAGCUCGGACUUAUCGUCUUGCUGGAUCUCGUCCACUCUCACGCCAGCAAGAACGUAAUGGACGGCUUAAAUCGUUUCGACGGGACGGAUUCCUGUUAUUUUCAUACUGGUCCGAGGGGCGAGCAUUCGCUUUGGGAUUCGAGGCUUUUCAACUACUCCGAGUUUGAGGUUCUGCGGUUUCUGCUGUCUAACAUACGCUGGUACAUGGAGGAGUACCAGUUUGACGGUUUCCGGUUCGACGGGGUCACUUCUAUGCUGUACCACUCGAGGGGUAUCGCGCAGGGCUUCGGGGGCCACUACGACGAUUAUUUCAGCCUUGGCGUGGAUACCGAGGGGGUGGUUUACUUGAUGCUCGCCAACUAUGUGAUCCACGAGUUGUACAAGGAUGCGAUUACCAUAGCGGAGGACGUUUCGGGGAUGCCGGGGACUUGCCGGCCCGUUACGGAGGGAUGCCUAGGCUUUGAUUACAGGUUAGCCAUGGCCAUUCCUGAUACUUGGAUAAAACUGCUCAAGCACGUCGCCGAUGACCACUGGAACAUGGGUGACAUAGUUCACACCCUGACCAACAGACGUUGGAUGGAACCUAACGUCGCUUAUGCUGAAUCGCACGACCAGGCUUUAGUAGGCGAUAAAACCAUCGCUUUUUGGUUGAUGGACAAAGAAAUGUACACGCACAUGAGCACCCUCUCGGACCCCUCGCCCAUCAUCGACCGGGGCAUCGCCCUGCACAAGAUAAUACGCUUCCUAACGCACACCCUGGGCGGCGAGGCUUACCUGAACUUCAUGGGCAACGAGUUCGGCCACCCCGAAUGGUUAGAUUUCCCCAGGGCCGGCAACAACAGCUCCUACCACUAUGCCAGGCGGCAAUGGAACUUAGUCGACGACGAAAUCCUUAAAUACAAGUACCUGAACGCGUGGGACGCCGCGAUGAACCACACGGAGAGCAAGUACGGGUGGCUGGGCGCCCACCCCGGGUACGUCAGCAUGAAGCAUGAAGACGACAAGAUAAUAGCAUUGGAGAGGGCGGGGGUGUUGUUCGUGUUCAAUUUUCAUCCGGUGAAGAGUUUCGCCGAUUAUAGAGUUGGGAUCGAGGAGCCAGGGGAGUAUCGCAUCGUUUUGUGCUCGGAUGAUAAAGAGUUCGGCGGUUUCGGAAGGAUAGAUACUUCCGUCAGGUUCUUCACAGUUCCCGAAGGGUAUUCAGGUCGGAGGAACUAUGUACAGGUCGUCGGUUUGGAGCAGUCCGAAAAGGGGUUUAAAUGA